CCUGUCUUCAGUUUUAAGAAAAUAUUUCAACCUGCCUGCACAUCUCUGACAGACCCAGUGCUUGGCUUACAAACAGCGGGGAAGAUGGAGGUGCUGACGCUGCUAGGUGCCUCUCCAUCUCUGAGGACUCGCUGACCUUUUAGCCUCUGCUCUCAGGGCUCCUGUGACUACCAGUCUUUCCUGUCUCCACCUAAAGUAUCCUCUGCUGACACAACAUGGUAUUGGCCUGUUCAGCAUGCCCCAAAGUAAAUAGUCCCAGCCUGCAACUUGAGCAAGUGAGGGCAGGAAUGGAGAACGCUCCCAACAACAACCAGAAAGUUAAGAAACAUGUGCAUCUGCAGGAGAGAAGGGGCUCCAAUGUGUCUCUGGUGCUGGACAUGAGUUCCCUCGGCAACACCGAACCUAUUUUAUCAGUCUCCACUCCCAGAGAUGUCACAGUGCAGCUCCUGAAUACAGCCAGUCAUGUUCUUAGUCAGAAGAUCCUCCAGCAGAGGACCUGGAGUCUGGAGGAGCUUCAGGAAGAGUUUGCGAAAAUCCCCUCAAAUUUUAUCAGUCCAGAAGAGCUGAAUAUCCCUGGCAGAGCAGCAAAGGACAGAUAUAAAUCCAUCCUACCAAAUCCCCUGAGUCGUGUCUGCCUCAGAUUUGCUGACUGCCAAGAGGAUGGGUGCUACAUCAAUGCAAACUACAUUCGGGGAUAUGCUGGGCAGGAAAAGGCUUACAUUGCUACACAGGGGCCCAUGCUGAAUACAGUCAAUGACUUCUGGAUGAUGGUGUGGCAGGAAGAGGUUCCUCUCAUUGUUAUGCUCACCAAACUGAAGGAAGAGAAGGAGAAAUGUAUCUGCUACUGGCCUGAAUCAGAGGCAACCUAUGGACCUUUCACCAUCCAAGUUCAAAAUAUUUGCAAGUGUGAAGAGUACACAACCCGUAGCUUUACCCUGCAGUUCAAAGAUGAAUGUCGCACCGUGAAACAUAUUGUCUUCUCAUCCUGGCCAGACCAAAAAAUACCAGAAUCGGCCAAAACACUUUUGCACUUAGUUUCAGAGGUGGAGAAAAUCCUGCAGGCUGCAGAGAACAAGGGACCUGUUGUUGUGCAUUGUAGUGCAGGAAUUGGUCGAACUGGCUGCUUUAUCGCUACGCAGAUUGGAUGCCAGCAACUAAAAGACAAAGGAGAGGUAGACAUUUUGGGGAUAGUUUGCCAGCUACGUAUAGACAGAGGUGGAAUGAUACAAACCAGUGAACAAUACCAGUUCCUGCACCAUACACUAGCCAUGUAUGCUUCACAGCUUCCCAAGAGCACAAAUUCUUGAUGCCAUCUUGUGUUAACAAGAGGAAAGGCCUGCUACUGGACACUUGACUUGAAGGAACAUUUUUUUAAUGACAACAUAGAAAGAAGUAUUUAUAUUUUAACCAUUUGGCAUGUAGACUAAGCAGAAGAAGAACCACCUUCUUGAAUACCGCAUAUAACUGGAAUGUAUUCUUCCUGGAAAGAGGUGUUCAAUUUUUUAAAAAAACUUUCCGAAUGUGUAUAAAACCAAAUCUUCUUUUCACAUUAUCUGAAAAUAGUUUGUUCUGUUUAUGAGCCAGAUCCAUGGCUAAUAAAUGAAUUCACUAUCCAAAAAGCUAUUAAAACGUUGAGCUAGAGGACUGACCUUGCUUAUCAGGGAAAAUGCAAAAUACUUUUUCUGUAGCCAAAGACUUGAUGGCUAAGGUAACUAAAGGUGGCUAAGUUAAAAUUGUUAAUGACAGAGGAGAAGCAAAAGUAAAAGAAGAGAAGACUCACCGGAAAAGACAAGAUUCACUAGAAAAGGCAGUACAGUAGUGUUGGGAAAAGUGGAAUAUAGUAUGAAAAAAGGACGCUCUAACGUGAAAUGAAUUGCACAUUAAAGGAAGCCUUUAGUUGGCAAGACCUGA